AUGGAGACGGCCAUCGGUGCGGCCGGUUGGCUGCUGGGCAAGGUGCUUACGAAACUGUCCGAGGACCUUGUGGCCGCGUACGUGUCCAGCAACGAGCUGGGCCUCAACUUCCACGACAUCAAACUGAAGCUCCUCUACACACAAGGGCUGCUGCAUGCAUCCGAGGGGAGGGACAUGAGCAACAACCCUGGCCUCUAUGGAUUACUCGGGGAGCUGAGCAAGAAGGCGGAUGAGGCCGAGGACAUGCUCGAUGAGAUCCACUACUUCAUGAUCCAGGACCAGCUCGACGGCACCAAGGAGGCAGCCCCAGAACUGGGCGAUGGCGUCCGGGGCUCUGCCCUUCAUGUCCGUCAUGCUGCUCGCCACACCAUCGGUAACUGGAUUCCUUGCUUUUCUUGCUCGCGUACUCAAGGUGGUGAUUCUUCUGUUGAUGUUGUCACUAGUGACAAUGAUGGUGGGCCUGUUCAUAAGUUGUCUUUUGACAGAGUGGAUAUGUCCAACAAAAUCAGGUCGGUAAUAGAGGAAUUGAACUCCAUGUGUGGACCUGUCUCUGACUUGCUCAAAAUUCCAAACCAUAGUAACACUGCAACAAGCACACCUAUCACUCUCAAAAAGCCACCCACGGGUUCAGUAUCUGCACAAGAUAAACUGUAUGGGAGGGAAGUCAUCUUUGAGCAAACUAUAAAUGAGCUCACUGGUACAAAAUAUCUUGGUGAAACCCUUUCUGUUAUGUCUUUUGUUGGCCCUGGGGGUAUGGGAAAGACAACCUUCACCCAACACUUGUAUAAUGAGAAAAGGGUUGAGGAGCACUUCAUUGUUAGGGUCUGGGUAUGUGUCUCAACUGGUUUUGAUGUGACCAACCUCACCCGGCAGACCCUUAGGUGCAUACCUGCAGUUGAAAAAGAAGAAUACAAAUGUACAGUUGAAACAGCCAGUUUAGACCAGCUUCAAAAAUCCAUUAUAGAAAGAUUGAAGUCCAAAAGGUUCUUAAUUGUCUUGGAUGACAUUUGGACAUGCAACAAUGAAAGUGAUUGGAACGACCUGUUAGUUCCAUUCAAACAGGGGGAAAUUAAGGGAAGCAUGGUUCUUGUCACAACUCGGUUUCCAUCAGUAGUACAAAUGGUGAAAACAACUGAACCAGUAGAACUGCAUGGUUUGAAAGAUGAUGAUUUUUUAAAAUUACUUGAAGCAUGCAUAUUUCCGGAAAACAAACCUAGGCAUUAUGAAGAUCAAUUAAUUGAUGUUGCAAAGGAUAUUGCGAAGGAACUAAAGGGUUCACCCCUAGCCGCCAAUACAGUUGGUCGUUUAUUGAGGAAAAACAUUUCCCUGGAAUAUUGGAUUGAAGUUCUUGAAAAUGAUGAGUGGCAAAAUGCAAAAAAUACUGAUGAUAUUUUACCAUCCCUGAAAAUUAGCUACGAUUACCUUCCUUUCUUUCUAAAAAAAUGUUUUUCAUAUUGUGCCCUUUUCCCAGAAGAUUACAAGUUCUAUAAUUUACAAACUACUAGCUUUUGGACUGCGAUAGGUAUAUUGGACUCUAGUUGCCAACACGAUAAGAACUCUAGUUUCCAACAUGAUAAGAAUUACUUAGAAGAACUAGUAGACAAUGGUUUCCUCAUGAAGAGAGUUGAUAUUUAUAAUGACCAAUACUAUGUGAUGCAUGAUUUAUUGCAUGAACUAUCCCGGAAUGUUUCAUCGCAAGAAUGUGUGAAUAUAAGGUGUUCAAGUUUUAGUACAGAUAACAUCCCACAAUCUGUUAGGCACUUAUCAAUCACUAUAGAAGAUAUAUGCGAUGAAAGUUUUGAAGAAGAAAUGGGUAAACUGAAGGGUAGAAUAGACAUUGGAAAUUUGCGGACUUUGAUGAUUUUUGGGUCGCCUAAUGCAAGAAUAGCUAAUAUUUUUAAAGAUGUUUUUGAAGAAAUCAAAGGUCUUCGAAUUCUUUUUAUAGCAAUUAACACUAUAGAAUCUUUGCCCAAGAGCUUUCCAAAUCUUAUCCACCUCCAAUACCUUAAAAUUAGUUCACCCGACCCCUUAGAAGAAAUGACUUUACCUAGCACAUUGUCUAGAUUUAACCACUUGAAAUUUCUGGACCUCAAUCUUUGGCGUGGUAGUGAAAAUUUGCCCAAAGACUUUAGUCGCCUUAUAAAUUUACGCCAUUUUUUCUCUUCUAAAGAACUCCAUUCCAAUAUUCCUGAGGUUGGAAAGAUGAAGUGUUUACAUGAGCUAAAAGAGUUCAAUGUUAAGAAAGAGGGUGUUGGAUUUGAACUGAAAGAGCUGGGGGAUUUGCGAGAGCUGGGAGGAGAACUCUGCAUAUGUAAUCUUGAAAUUGUGGCGUCCAAAGGAGAAGCUAGUGCUGCCAAACUGAAAAAUAAAAGAAAUCUGAAAAAGCUAAGAUUAGUUUGGGGUGCAGAGCACAAGACUGUAGAUGAUGAUGUUCUUGAAGGUCUUGAACCACAUCCUGAUCUUAGGGUGCUUAGCAUUACGAAUGCUGGAGUUGCCACUUGUCCUAGAUGGUUGUGUGAUGACUUAAGCACAAAAAGGUUGGAGUCUCUUCAUCUAGAAGGUAUAUCUUGGGUCACUCAUCCAGCUUUUGAGCAGCUACCACACCUCACCAAGCUCACAUUGAAGAGUAUUUCUGGAAUGCGUGUAUUGAGGCUUGGCUUUAGUACUGUUACAGGAAGAAGCUUCACGCACCUGAAGACACUUGAUUUGACGGACAUGCCAGAACUUGUGGAGUGGGUUGGGGAGCCUAAUAGCAAUCUGUUUUCAAGGCUUGAAAGUAUCUCGCUUGAAGAUUGUCCCUCUCUCUGCUCGUUUCCCUUCUUGGAGUACUCUCACCUAUUUACUAACUUGUUCAGUCUUGAUAUUAGAUACUGCCCCAAGCUGUCUCAGUUUCCACCCAUGCCUCGUACCUCCACACUAUCAAAUAUGCAAUUGUUCAAUCGUAGCUCAUCAGUAGUAUUGCACGGAAAGAAGAAAUUCAGAAUUAAACAGUAUAAAGGUGCUUUGGCCUUCCACAAUUUGGAUGAAGUAGAGGAUAUGCGAAUUGUGGGUGGGCCACACAUUUCGUGUUCAAGCCUCAAAAAACUAAACUCCCUGAGAAGUGUACAUUUUGAAGAAUGCGACGACAUGUUUUUUGCAGAACAAGAUGAUGCUGUUGUUCUCCAUUCUGUUCAGAAUCUUGUAAUAAGUGAUUCACGUAUUACUGGAGAAUCAUUUUCAAAUGCUUUGAAACUUUUGCCAGCUCUUUCCCAGGUUAUCUUAGACAAGUGUAAGAGGCUUGAAUUUCUGCCUGUGGAGGAUGGAGGACUCUCGGGCCUCAGGAUGCUCCAAUCAUUUAGAGGAUUGGGAUGUGGGAAUCUGUUCUCUCGGUGGCACAAGGGAGAAGUAGGUGGAGGUGGUCAUGCCAUCAAGCCUUUCCCUACUUCCCUCAGGGAACUUGACAUUUCCUUCGAGUUAAGCAUAGAGUCAAUGGGUCUGCUCUCAAACCUCACGUCUCUCACCAGUCUAAGCUUGAAGGUUUGCAAAGAAUUAACAAUGGAUGGCUUCAAUCCUCAAAUCACAGUCAACCUCAAGCAAUUGGUUUUAUAUGCGAACAAGUUUAUAGCUGGGGAUCUGCUGUCAGAGAUUGCAAGGAGCAAACUAAUGCAUGCAGGUUCAUUCCAGUUGGAAGAAUUAGAGGUGGAUAGCAUCUCGGCCGUGCUUACUGUUCCCAUCUGCAGCCACCUUGCUGCUACCCUCCACACAUUGCGGUUCACUAUUGAUAAGCUGGCAACAACCUUCACGGAAGAGCAAGAGCAAGCGCUCCUGCUCCUCACCUCCCUCAAAAAUCUAGAAUUUGAAUGGUGCAAGAAUCUAGAGUCCUUCCCUCGAGUGCUACGUGGCCUUUCUACCCUCAAGAGAUUAAGGAUCUAUAUGUGUGAUAAAAUCCUAUGCUUGCCGUCAAAGGAGAGCCUCCCUGCUUCACUGGAAACGCUAGUGGUAUGGUGUGAUAGUCCUGAGCUAACUGAGCAAGCCAAAAAACUGAAAGGAAGUGAACCAUGGUUUUCUGUGAAAGGAUACGGGCUAUAG